AUGAGUGAUAGAACCAAUUUUGUAAUACAAGUUUUUUAUUUCCAGAUCUUGCAGUUCUGGUCUUUCUUGAUUGCAGCCAGAAGUAACUUGGAGCCCAAGUAUAGAUUUCAGAGAUGUGAAAGAGUGAGAGGAAUAUGUAAAACAUUUUGUGAUGAUGAUGAAUAUGAUUACGGAUCCUGCAUUAAAUGGAGAAAUCAGUGCUGCAUAUAA